AUGAUCAAGAACGAUCAGAAUCCUGGUGCAAUGAUGCUGGAAGCAUUUCAUCCCAGAUCUAGGAGGCCUUCCGGAACAACUCCGACGAUAUACGGUAUCUGCGGUAGGCAGUUUGAUAACACUGAAAGGAUGGCACAUUCAUGCUUCGAGGACGCACAAGCAGGACGGUAA